CAGCUCUUAGUAGGUGAUGACAUGACAGAGGAUUUCCUGUUUGGAAAGGCUGUAUGUUUGUUAGCAGUCUCUUGGGGACAGAUCACAAAUCAACUUUAACUCUAUCCAGAACAAACCCACUUAGCAGGAGAAUGAGGGUUCUGUGGUUUUCAUGUCUGCUGAUUGGAUGUAUUAUCUGUGGACCUGUGGGAAAAGAAUCUCACUUCUCUAGCUAUGGAUCAAACAAUGCUGACACAAGUUUAAUGUGGCAGCCACUUUCUGCUGAGUAUUGGUUUAGUGGAAUUGGGGUGAAUUCUGACAUGGGCAGCAGCUCCCCUCUACCAAGUCUAUCCAACCCUGACAAAACCACUGAAAUUCCUGCUCCUCAAGAUACCAUUUCCAGUACUGGCCCUGGCAGUUACAGCAGCAGCACAAACAUGGCUGAGAAUGAGUUUGACAAUGACUACACUAGUUUCAGGGAUGGACACUAUAGCAGCCCUGAGGUCAAUGAAUAUGGGGUUGUUUAUGCAGCCUCUCACACUAGUGGGUAUGACAGCAGUGCUCCAAGUGGCAGUUAUAGUGGCGGCUAUGGUAGCUCAAGUAGUAGAUAUGUAGGGAGCAGCUCUGAGGGGUUUGUUACCUCUCCUCAUGAGGAGGACUGGAGCUCUGGAUCUGCUACCAACUAUGGUGUUGAUGAUGAGACCCCUGAGGCAAUCAUCAGUGACCUCUCAAAUCUGGAGCCAGUCUACUCCUUCAGUACUCGUUCAAGCUACCAGCGGGGAAGAACAGUAUUUGCUCAAAACCACUACACCCCAGGAGAGCCUGUUCCCCUAGUCAUGCCAGUUCCCCUAGUCAUGCCAGUAUCCAGACAAAUCAGCAAAACAUCUAAGCAAAGCAGUUCUGCUGAAGCUCCAGCCAAAGGUGGCUUCUAAAAUACCUCUGGUAUCAAUAUUUCAGAUGCUUCAUUACUGCUUCUAACUACAUGAUCUGAUGCAAAUAAACACCUUGAAACUGAUUAAA